AUCCCUCUCUUCUCCUCUCCUCCGUCUUCUUCCUCAGAUCCCAACUUCGAAGUCGUACCUGCUUCCGGUCAAUCAAUGGCCUAGGGUUUUCUUGCCGGCGUAUCUCCAAUUUCUCCGGUCAAUCGUCUCCUAUCCCGAUCUCGAGCUCCAAAGAUCUGACUGCAUCGCGUGGAAUUGCGCGAUCUCUGAUCUGAUCUCGAUCGUUUUCUGGGUAGAAUUGAGGAAUUAUGGGAGGCGGAUUUAGAGUGCUUCAUCUCGUCAGGCCAUUUCUUUCUGUCCUGCCUGAAGUUCAGAGUGCUGACAGGAAGGUGCCCUUCCGCGAGAAGGUCAUCUACACCGUAAUCGCGCUGUUCAUUUUCUUGGUGUGCAGUCAGCUCCCUCUGUAUGGCAUACACUCCACAACUGGUGCAGAUCCGUUCUACUGGAUGAGGGUCAUUCUCGCUUCCAACCGGGGGACGGUCAUGGAGCUUGGUAUCACUCCCAUUGUGACAUCUGGGAUGGUCAUGCAGCUCCUGGUCGGGUCAAAGAUCAUUGAAGUGGACAACAAUGUCCGUGAGGAUCGAGCACUUCUAAAUGGAGCGCAGAAAUUGUUGGGCAUUCUGAUAGCCAUCGGUGAGGCUGUGGCCUAUGUUCUUUCAGGGAUGUAUGGAAGCGUCGGCCAACUUGGAGUUGGUAAUGCCAUUCUCAUCAUUGCUCAACUCUUCUUUGCGGGAAUAAUCGUCAUAUGCUUGGAUGAACUACUCCAGAAAGGAUAUGGAUUGGGCUCUGGCAUUUCCCUUUUCAUUGCAACCAAUAUUUGUGAGAACAUCAUUUGGAAGGCAUUCAGCCCAACUACAAUUAACAGUGGGCGAGGAGCCGAAUUUGAAGGUGCAAUCAUUGCUCUAUUCCAUCUUCUGAUUACCCGUACAGACAAGGUCCGUGCUCUACGGGAAGCAUUUUACCGGCAAAAUCUGCCGAAUGUGACAAAUCUUCUGGCAACGGUCCUUAUCUUUGGAAUUGUGAACUACUUCCAAGGAUUCCGUGUAGUUUUGCCUGUGCGAUCAAAGAAUGCGCGAGGACAGCAGGGUUCAUAUCCAAUCAAGCUCUUCUACACCUCUAACAUGCCCAUCAUCUUGCAAUCUGCACUUGUCUCGAAUGUUUACUUCAUUUCGCAGUUGUUAUAUCGGAAAUAUAGUGGAAACUUUCUUGUGAACCUCUUGGGUAAAUGGAAGGAGUCUGAGUACUCAGGCGGUCAAUAUAUCCCUGUUGGUGGCAUUGCCUAUUAUAUUACUGCACCAUCAAGCGUAGCUGAUAUGGUUGCCAAUCCAUUCCAUGCACUUUUCUAUAUUGUGUUUAUGCUCGGCGCAUGUGCUCUGUUCUCGAAAACAUGGAUUGAAGUUUCUGGAUCUUCUGCCCGAGAUGUUGCCAAGCAGCUCAAGGAACAACAAAUGGUGAUGCCGGGUCACCGAGACUCCAACCUGUACAAGGAGCUCAACCGCUACAUCCCCACAGCUGCUGCAUUUGGGGGAAUGUGCAUCGGCGCCCUGACUGUGUUGGCAGACUUAAUGGGAGCAAUUGGUUCAGGGACAGGAAUCCUGCUCGCAGUCACAAUUAUCUAUCAGUACUUUGAGACGUUUGAGAAGGAAAAAGCCAGCGAGCUCGGCUUCUUCGGUUUCUAGAAUCUGAAUGCAGACCCUCAUUCAGUUUUCCGGUGAGGCCCAGAGAGUAGGUAGGGAAAUACAUUUUAACUCCAGGAAAUUUAGGAGUUCAUCAAAGAUCAAAUCUAAGCUGGUCGGCUAGUUGUUUUAUUUGCCUGUUAAGUGAAAAAAAUGUAUGUGUUUUAUCAUACAGGCUUACUCACAAGUUAUAUCUGGUUGAAAUUUUUCUUUGCUUCGUUUUCUUCAUUUUCCGAGCAAAAGCUAGAACAGAAAACAUUUUCUUUAUUUUAA